AUUGUUGCUUGAGGUAGUGCUUGUGACAUAAUAAUAUGCACUGUCUUUACAAUCAUAGAGGUCAACCCCACUAGUCAACACUGACACCAUUAUAUCUUAAAAGUUCAGAAACACACACACACACACACUAGGAAACUAACACACAACUGAAAAAUGAAACCUUCAAAUCCAAAGAACACAAAAAACAUAAUACUAGUAACAUUUGUGUUCCUUAUUUGUUGGAAUAAUAAAGUGUUUUCAAGAACACAAGAUGAUGACAAAGUAAUAAAGUUGCCUGGACAACCUAAUAGUCCACUAGUUACACAGUUUUCUGGUUAUGUUACAGUUAAUAUAACUCAUGGAAGAGCUCUUUUUUACUGGUUUUUUCAAUCUCAAUCUGAUUCUUCCAAGAAACCCUUACUCCUUUGGCUUAAUGGUGGGCCUGGUUGCUCUUCAAUUGGAUAUGGUGCUGCUGUCGAGUUGGGACCUCUUCUAGUUCGAAACAAUGGAGCCGGUCUUGACUUCAACGAGUAUUCUUGGAACAAUGAAGCCAAUUUGCUGUUUUUGGAGUCACCGGUUGGAGUGGGGUUCUCAUACGCCAAUACAUCCUCCGAUUUAACCAACUUAGAUGACAACUUCGCUGCUGAAGAUGCUUACAAUUUCCUGGUGAAUUGGCUGGAAAGGUUUCCCGAGUUCAAGAACCGCGAGUUUUUCAUAACAGGAGAGAGCUAUGCAGGACACUAUGUACCGCAACUGGCAGAGCUCGUGUGCAACCGAAAUAAAGACAGCAAAAAGUAUCCGUAUAUUGAUCUCAAAGGUUUCAUGGUUGGAAAUCCUGAGACGAACGAUUACUAUGAUUAUAAAGGGAUAGUAGAGUAUGCUUGGACACAUGCGAUACUGUACGAUUCAGAGUAUCAGAAAGUGCAACAAGUAUGUGAUUUCAAGGUCUCCAACUGGUCCGACGGAUGUAAUGAUGCUAUGCAAGUGUUAUGGGACAAAUAUCAAGAAAUCGACAUUUACAACAUUUAUGGUCCCAAGUGUCUCGUGAACGCUUCCUCUUCUUCAGCUAGUGAUAGCGUUAGUACACACGACUCUUCUCAAAUCAAGUUGCAGGUACCUAAUUAUGGAUUCAGGAGGAUGAAACAAAUUCGAGGUGGUUAUGACCCUUGCUAUACUGCUUACACCGAAGAGUAUUUCAACCGGUUAGAUGUUCAAAUUGCUCUUCAUGCGAACACUGACGGAAGUCAAGCAACAAAGAAAUGGAAAAGUUGCAGUGAUCCUGUGUUUCGUACGUACAACUACAAUGUAUUCUCCGUCUUGCCAGUAUACGAAAGUCUCAUCAAAGGGGGCCUAAAGAUUUGGAUUUUUAGUGGCGAUGUGGAUGGACGAGUGCCUGUAAUUGGGACGAGAUACUGCAUUGAAGCUCUUAAUCUGACUCUGAAGUCCCCAUGGCAUUCGUGGUUCCACAAUCAUCAGGUAGCAGGACGGAUAGUGGAGUACGAAGGGCUGACAUUCGUGACAGUAAGAGGAGCCGGUCAUCUAGUACCGCUAUACAAGCCAAGUGAAGGUCUAGCUCUCAUCCAUUCUUUCUUAACCGGUGAACAACUCCCAGCUCAUCGAUAAUAAAAUCUCUCUGAGAAACAUCUCGUUGAUGAUUCAUUACCAAUCUGUCGUUUUACUACACCAAGUUACCUGAUAUCUGCUACUAGUGAUAAGGGCGGAGAUACGUUGACCUUUCGCUAUCAGCAUUAUACGAAAAUCAAGAAUUCAGAGGGCAUAAAAAUGCAAGAAUAUUAAAUGCACUUGCAAAAUUGUAUACCUUUUAAUACUGUAUAUUUAAUGUAUCAUUUUUUGGUUUCCCGUUCCCUUGUUCGCUACAUGUUGUAGCCCAACUAAAUUUGGAUUCGCGUCUAAAAAGCUCGAAUUUGAGAUCUUAAUGGAUGAAUGAAUAUUUAUCACUCUACUA